UUAUUCUGGCUGAAGUUUCUUUCAUGACUUGGGGAGUGCGGCAGUUGGGGAUAGACAUCCCCAGGCCGGGUCCCAUGGAAAUCCUUGGAAUUUCAGAAGUGAUCUCUUAGCACUUGGGGCGUGGAUGAGGGAAAGCGAAGGGGAGGGGCCCGGCAGGCUUUCAGAGUCCCAGAAGAGCCCCCCCAAAAAACUUCCUGCAGGUUUUUCCCCCGGGAGUCUCCACUCUCCCCUGAGGACUCUGCAUGAGAACACCCCAAGUCCUCGCAACCUCCAGGCUCCCCCGUUUCUGGACACUGAGUGGGGACUCCACCUCCUGACUCCCCCCAGCCAGGGCUUGCCCGCAGCUAUGUCUCUCCUCCUGCUGGUGGUCUCGGCCCUUCACAUCCUCAUCCUCAUCCUGCUUUUCGUGGCCACUUUGGACAAGUCCUGGUGGACUCUCCCUGGGAAGGAGUCCCUGAAUCUUUGGUACGAUUGUACUUGGAACAGCAGUACCGAAGCGUGGACCUGCAGUAAUGUCAGCGAGAAUGGCUGGCUGAAGGCGGUUCAGAUCCUCAUGGUCCUCUCCCUCAUCCUCUGCUGCCUCUCCUUCAUCCUAUUCAUGUUCCAGCUCUACACCAUGAGGCGAGGAGGGCUCUUCUACGCCACCGGCUUCUGCCAGCUUUGCACCAGCGUGACAGUAUUCACUGGAGCCCUGAUCUACGCCAUCCACGCCAAGGAGAUCCUGAAGCACCAUACGUCCGAGGGCAGCUUCGGAUACUGCUUCGCCCUGGCCUGGGUGGCCUUCCCCCUCGCCCUGGCCAGCGGCAUCAUCUACAUCCACCUGCGGAAGCGAGAGUGAGCAGUCUGCGUUGCCCUGCCGCUACCGGCCUUUUCGCUGCACACGGAAGCUCCCUCCUCCGAGUGUCUUCCAACAAAUAAAAGCGUAUAACCGCGG